AUGUGGCAACCUACAUCAAAUCUCGAUACACCAAUCAUACCCGUUCCUCAAAAUACCAUCGAAGAUGGUCUGACACCCACGCCCACUCCGUCACUUAUGGCACUGACAAAUGAAGAUCCGUUCCUCCAGGUAGAUACUAGACUAUCGCAGGAACCCGUACCGAUGUCCGACCUGCAGACUCCCUUGCUAUCGCCUGAUCCUCGUAGCGGGACCAACACUCGUCCAAAAGGAGUGUCAAUCGCCCCUUUCCUUCCUCUUCCACCUUCCCCUCCUACUGUUUUCCCAUUUUCCAGACAUUUUCCUCCAUAUUUAACUUUUCCUCAUCCCCGAUCGCCCUCUCUGGGUGUGAAUCCAAACUCGAUACAUCCGCCCAAUUCCUCCGAUUAUUUGCCUCAUGGUAGAUCAGUUGGAUCGCCCAUCGCAUUCCCUCCUCCGCCUCCGAGGCCCAUCAGCUUAUCGAAUGUACCUGCUCAUAAUGAACCGGGAAAUUGUCCGAGCUCCCUUGCGAAUCACACGCUUGCCUCUAUUCCAGCACCUCCUACCUUGACUCAAGCUCGACCUGUCAGUGGAACGGAACCCGCUUUUGGUCCAACAGCACAACCUGAAUCAUCCGCCGAGAUGACAUCGGUACCACCCGUACCGUCUAUUCCUCAAAGGUUACCCACUCACAUCUCACCUUCACCUCCUUCGCUCCCCAAUAUCCCUCAUGUCGUAUGGUUACCUAUCUCACCGAAUAGUGGAAUUCCUCCACCUAUCAUACCGGGUUUCAGGGAAGGUAGACUGUUGUCAUUACCUUUACCUUCACCGUUGCCUUCUCACCGCCCACCAGUACCACCCACGUCUCAGAGUCAUGUUGGUGACGCAGCGGUUCCUCCAACGCCUCAAGUCCAACACCCUUCCGAGGUCAGAUCUUCUCACCCGAGACAUGUAGUCCUCCCCGAUGGACGAGAGUUGAUAGCAAUGACGACACCGAACGGCGAGACUGCCUAUGUGGUAGAUCCCCUCCCCGCGAUAUUGAGAAUGCUGGACAGAGCCACUGCUCAAGGCGCCGGGGAUGCUGAAGGUGAGGAAGAAAUCAGAUCCGAUGAUACUAUAGCGGCACCUGCUCCUGUACCACCACCGACACAACAGGGUGCGGAGGAGCCACUCGGUCCGCCGCCUGAUGUCCCAACUCCAUUCUCGACUGGAACUGAACCACCUUGCGAUUUGAGUCAGAUCGAAAGAGAUCUAUACGAACUUUCCUUCCCUCCAACUCCAUCUAACAUACCUACGAUUACUACUGACCAUAUCCUACAUCAGACGAACGAAGGGGAAAGAAGGGAAGUGAGAAGACCCCGAGUUUUAUCUGAAGGACGAUCGAGCAUGAACUCACCUCGAAAGGGUAUACCGAAAUUCGACUGGAGACGUAAAUUCAAAAUACCCAGCUCUGCUUCGGGCUCCGGUCGAAGUGAGGUAGACAUACCUAGACCACCAUCUCUGAGACGAGAUGUGAUAUCGACAUUGGCAGUUCAAGGGUCCGCCACUACGACUGAUACUACUACUUCGUCUGCGUCUGAUAGAGCUUCAAAUGUAACGUCAAUCGUUGGUUCACCGCGAGAACAGGAUAUAUGGUGGAUAGGCGUAGGUGAGAAACAUCAUGAUCCCUCUGGGGACUUGAUCAUAGCAGAGAGGGAAUGUAGAUGGAGGAUUUCAAUGGAGAAAUACAAAAGAGAUAGUCAAUUGAUCUCCCAUUUAUCUCAAUGUCCUACCAAGGGGAUGACCCUAACCCUCCAAGCUCCUUCUCUACCAUGCCAGGCAUCUCGUCCUUCAUCCGACAGUUCCGGUUCAGCCUUCGAUAUCAUCUCUGUAUUUCUCAAUUAUCUCUUGACCCAUGAUAUGAAAGACUUAGAAGAUGUCGAGAAUGUAGAUCAAUUUGAAUCGCUUUUUAUCUUAUGCGAUUUCUUUGGUUGUCCAGCAGUCUAUCAAAAUCUGUUGAGAUAUAUCGACGAAAAUGGAGUAAAUGGUAUACGACCUUGGCAAUUGUUCGUAGUAGCUUCCAAACGCAAUGAUACGAAUUUGGCCAAGAUAGCUAUACAACUAGCAGGUGGGACAAGGACAAGAAAUGGGGGUCAUAGGGAUGAACGUUUCACUAUCAAUUUGCAUCACCUGACAUCGAAAGACGUUAAAGAUGUAAGAAGUACUUGGAUGUUGGAAUUGUUUAAGAAGAAGUACGAAAAGAUGUUAGAUGGUAGGUUUAGGGAAGUACCUUGGGAGAUAGUCGCGGAGAGAUUUAAUCCUUGUUGA